UGGAACUCAGCCCAUUAUGCACAGAUGUUUGCCACAUGUACACAAAAACAUAAAGACAACCAUUAUUCUCCGUGAACUUAACGACCGCUGUCAUUCCUUCGAAUUUCCCAGGAAAAUCCCUAAAAAGCCUAGUAGUUUCUAAAACUGGGCUGGUAAAGGGUUGGACACAAGUUCGUUCCGUUUUUGAUGUAUCCACGUCAGCACUCGUCUUUAACAAUCAGUUCUCCUAGUUUUAAGAGAAAGAUGGAAAAAGGUGCAGCUGAAGAAUCCCUUUUAAAGAAAUACCUGAAAAUAUUUGCAGUUGUCUCAGCAUAUUGGGCCGUGUCUAUAUCAUUGGUGUUCAUUAACAAGGCCUUGCUGAGCGGAAGUACAAAUGGAACCACAGUUGACGCUCCUUUGUUUGUCACAUGGUUUCAAUGUGUCGUUACAGUUGGUCUAUGUGUUUUCCUAGCAUGUGGAGCCAAAUUUUUCCCUAGUUUGGGUAAAUUUCCAGAACUUGGUUUGGACGUACAAAUUAUGCUCAAGGUUCUUCCAUUAUCUUUGGUGUUUGUGGCCAUGAUUUCCUUCAACAACUUGUGCCUGAAAUAUGUUGGUGUAGCAUUCUACUACAUUGGGAGAUCCCUCACCACAGUAUUCAAUGUUUUGAUGACAUGGGUUUUAUUGGGGGAAAGGACAUCUUUUAGUGCCCUUGUCUGUUGUGCCAUUAUUGUCGGAGGUUUUUGGCUUGGUGUCGACCAAGAGGGCGUAGCCGGAUCUCUAUCGAUUUCGGGGACUAUCUACGGGGUGCUAGCCUCUCUCUUCGUGUCGCUCAACUCCAUUUACACAAAAAAAGUGUUGCCUUUCGUGGAUCAAAGCAUUUGGUUGCUGGGUUAUUACAACAAUUUGAAUGCUUGUCUCCUCUUUCUGCCGUUGAUGCUGCUCAAUGGGGAAUUACCGACGUUGAUAUCUUUCCAAGGCUAUGGCAACCUCACGUUCUGGACCAUGAUGGUAGCUGGAGGUGUUUUUGGUUUUGCCAUCGGCUACGUUACUGGUCUCCAGAUUCAAGUGACCUCACCUCUCACACACAACAUCUCCGGUACAGCCAAAGCUUGCGCACAGACGGUGCUGGCCACCUACUGGUACAGCGAAGUUAAACCUUUCCUUUGGUGGAUAUCCAAUUGGGUGGUACUCUUCGGCAGCGCCGCCUACACCAGGGUCCGCCAGCAAGAAAUGGAGAAGAAUCACAAAGCUAAAGUGAUUGCAUCUUAAUACAUUUUCUAUUUUGAAAGUUACUUGUUAAUGAGCUUAUUAUUAUUUUCCUUCCAAUUAUGACACUAUUAGCCUAUUGCCUUUUUUUUCAAUGUUGACGUUCUCCGUCCUGUCCAAUCAAAAAGAAAACACACGUCUAGGAGAUGCUCAUUAAUUAAUGAUAAUUACAAAUGAUUUUUUGAAACAUUCUAA